AUGAGGUGGCCUGGAGAAGGAAGUCUCAAAAAGGAUGACAAAACUAAUUUUUAUAGUGAAAAUAGGGAUGGAAACUUCGAAAACGGAGUAGGAUUUGUAAUAAGUGAGAAUAAUAUAUUACCAUAUGUUAAAGAUUUAAAGGCACUCAAUGAGCGUAUGUGCUACAUACGGAUAACUGGACGCAUAUUUGAUCUUAUAAUUAUAAAUUGUUACGCACCAACUGAAGACAAGAGAGAUGAUAUCAAAGAAGAUUUUUAUGAAGAUCUUGACAGUAUAUGCGAUAUAACAUCUAAUUAUUUUGUUAAAAUAUUUCUUGGGGAUUUCAAUGCGAAAAUAGGCAAGGAGGAGGUAUAUAGACCAACGAUUGGCAGAGAUAGUCUCCAUGACACAAGCAACGACAAUGGAACUCGUCAAAUUCAUUUCUGCAUGACAAAUGAAAUGGUCUUAAGUAGCAGUGUUGUGCAAUAG